AUGUGGCAGGUUGGCGCAGACCGCAAGAAGAAAUCCGAGGCGAAGUUGGUCGUUGGCUUCAUGAAGCUGUUCCUCCACGAUGGCCUUGAGUUGGAUCUCAUAGCACCAUCCUAUCACGGCGAUGUCUUGCGCUUCGGAUCGCUCGCCGAACAGCACGUCUUGAGCUUCGUACACGACAUUGCGCCAAAUAUUCGCAGCAGUGGGUCGGUACUGUAUGUCCUGCGCGAGCAACACCGCAUCGGGGCACUCAAUAUAAUCAUUGGGUUGUUCAAUGCAAAAGUCGCACAAGGUGGAAUCAAAGACCCGACUCCAAUUCAAAAUGUAGCCACCAUCGCGACCAACCUGCACGCCUGGGUGCAGUGGAUUGUUGAGCGCAACCAACCCUUUUCGGAGGUUGAGAACCCCUUAACACGCAAUAUAUCACGGCUGACCCCCAUACGCGUGAAGGCGUUAAAGGCUGCAAUGGACAAGGUCACACGUAACGUGGAGGCCAAAAUCGCAGCAGAACUCCCCGACGUCUUUGGGAUUUGCAGUGACGGGUGGACCGACGGGUCGAAGCACUUUUGCGCGAUCUUUGCAACGUACGGUGUCGCCAACGUGCGCCAUACACCUCUGCUCGCAAUGUCACCACUCUUGAAGCCCGACAGCAUGGAUACUGACGCUUACAUCGCAUUCAUCGAGGAAACACUUGGCCUCUAUGGCAAAGAGCUGGCAAAUCUCGCCUUUGUCACUGGCGACAAUUGUUUUACCAACGUCUCUAUGGCGGCUAAAACGGGCGCUCCAAGAAUGCCUUCAUGGUCAAGCAACUUGGCCCUGAAGGCAUUUUUGGUGCCUUACGAAAGCGACAUGGUAUUCAUACGCGCUGUCAUGAAGAGGCUUGGCGACUUCGCCCAGCUGGAGAACUUACGCGCUACAGUCUCAGGGGUGCGAGAUCUGUUGUUGCUUAGCGGACAGAAUACUCCUGUGAAAAAGCUCUUCGAUGUGCCUGAGCAAUUCGAAAGCGUGACAAAACAACUCCAAGCGGAAGAUCUUGACAUGGCGGAUGCACGGACCAUGUUUCAUGGAUUACCUGCGGCACCCAACGUUGCCAUAUCUGGCUCUGAACGCUGA